GAGGCAGCUUUAGCUCACAUUUCCCUUAAAUCUCUUAUUUCCGUUUUAGCCCUAAGAAGGUGAGAUGGGUGCUUCCAAAUUGCUUAUCUUUUGCUUUUUUAUUUAUUUGAAAGGGUCUGAAAGUGAAACCUCCUGGACAUCCAAAUCCCCAGCCUCAGUUAAAGGUCUUCUGGGCUCAUGUGUGGUUAUCCCCUGUUCAUUUAACUUCCCUGAUAAAGGACGUAAUUAUGAUUCUGUUGGGAUUUGGUAUGACCCAAAUGGUGUAGUUUUUCACUCAAAAGUAUCUCAAAAGGUGUCAUCCCAGUAUAAGGGUCGAACUGAGCUGGUUGGAGAUCUUAAAGAAAAGAACUGCUCUCUGAAAAUCGUUGACCUUCAAGAAAAAGACACGGGGCCUUUUGAUUUCAGAAUUGAAAUUAAGGACUAUGACAGCUACUACUAUAAAAGUAUGGUUUCCAUUUCAGCAAUAAGUGAGCCAAAUCCCAUCCAAUUCUCUGUCAGUGGGGACUUUAAGGAGAGGCACAAUCUUUCUGCAUCCUGCUCUGUGUUUCAUACCUGCCCUGCAAGUCCACCCCAUUUCACAUGGAGUCACUCUGGGAAGAAAACGUAUCAUUCCCAACAGCUAAAUGAUGGAGAGUGGAAGGAAACAGCGAUUCUGAAUUUUCGCCUGACUCAUAAUGACCACAACAAGGCGUUGAAAUGCAGUGUAAAAUACAACGGAGGAAAAGUACAGGAAAAACAGGAGAUCCUUCAAGUAAGAUAUGCACCAGUGAACGUGAAGGUAGAGUACAAUUCAACUGUGAUGGAAGGAGAAAAUGUGAGUCUGAUUUGCUCCAGUGAAGCUCACCCUCCUGUCACUAGCUAUCAUUGGCACAGUGAAACCGGUGCAAAUAUCUCUCAGGGAAACCUUUACAUGGUGACAAAAGUUUCUAGAAAUAUAAGAGCAUUGUACUGUAUUGCCGUCAAUGAAGAGGGACAAGGUAUAUCAAGCCCUGCGCAGCUCAAUGUUCUGUAUGCUCCUGAGGUAAAGACUGAGUCAUCAUGCUUCUCACAGGGCAACAAUGUAAAAUGUCAAUGUGUUGUAGACUCCAAUCCUCCAAGUGAAGUCACUUUUAAACUUUCUGACCAAAUUCUUCCCAAUGCUACAAGAAUGAAUGAUAGUUCUUUUGUCAUAAUGAUCCCUUGGAAAGACGUUAAGUCUUCCACGUUUGUGCAGUGUUGGGCAGAAAACAAGCUAGGCAAGGCUAGCCUCAAACUCUUUCUUCAUGACGGUAUGGAGAUUUACAUUUUCAUUGCAAUUGGAGCAGCAGGGUUUUUGGUGAUGAUUUUACUUGGAGUAAUAGUAAUUAAGAAAUGCAGGGGUACGCCUUGUCACACUUCAGGGUCAGACAGGAACACUAUGGUGACACAAAGCGCUUGGAAACCCCACUACAACUCAAAAAGGAAAGAGUUUUGCAACGAUUCACCCAUUUCUGAAAUAUGUCCGAAUUAUAUUUAUGGCAAUGUACUGAAUUUCGGGGAUGAUCAAAUAUAUGCCAAUGUGUAAAGUAAUUAAGAAAAGCAAUGAAGAAAAGCUACUGUCUUUCAAGCUAUUUUUGAUAGUGUUAAACAAAAACGAAGUCUGUAUAAGUAAGACAUUACUAUUCUUAUGACAUUUGGUAUGUAUCUCUCAAAUGAUUUCCAAAACGGAAAUGGUAAUUUUACUUAGCACUUCUGCAAUAAAUACUUUUUCAGAACUUGUGAAAAUGAGUAAUGACCAUUAAGCUAUUGCAAAACGCACUGUACUUGGUUGUAUGUUAUUAUUUUCUUUAUGUUCUGACUUAUCUAGUCAGAAAAUAUGUUAAAAAGCUUGAAAAUAAGACAUUUCUACAAUUUCCAUUUUUUCACACUUUUUUGUUAAGUA